AUGGACUUCACGCGGACUCUGAGAUCGCUGCUGCUCUGGGCCAUUAUUCUCAGCAGACUCGCGAGAGGAGUGUCUGACCUUGUGGCGGCACAGCCCUGUUCAUCCGAGAAGAUCUUCGCGCGGUCGGUGGCCGAUGAAUGUGGACCGUCGAGCCGCUUAACUCCAACACUCGACUGGACGGCGGUGAUCGGGGAAAUCUUCGAGGCUCGGAAUGCAGUUUUCUGGGAGGGGCCGACUGCAGCUCGAGAGCAGCUGAUUAGCUUGCUGGCGCUGGUGGCCCAGAGCUUCGAACUUGCCAGCCAGUGCCCAUCAGCUGUGGCAACUGCCAGCUACAGCCUUGCAGAAGUCAUAGCCUCUACGGCAAAGAGCUCUGCAAACAAUGACAAGUCACGGCAACUGAAACAACUGAGUCUGAUUCAGUUUGCUUUGGCCAUGCUGCCGACCAGAGCCCAUCGGGAAUGCACACAGUGGCCUCUGCGAGGCCGCGACCUUGCAGCAGCGUUUCAACAACUGGGUGAGGUCCUCUUCCCGACCCAUCCAUCACAGCCACCACAACUUCCUGCCAGCCAGGAACCCGCUGUUGCCGUGGUCACAGCUUGCGCAGGUAUUCACGCCUCCGGCGCACGUGCCAGGAGCAAGGCAAAUCGUCAGCGUUAUGCUGCCAAGCACGGAUAUGACCUCCAUUUUUUCAACGAUGCCCAUGAGAUUGUAGCAGCGUUUCCGGCUGGAACAAACCUCACGCGCACAAAUGCUCCCGCGUACUGGCGGGCAUACGCACUGCUGUCUGUCAUAGGUUCCUCGAGCCCUAAUUCCUGGUUGCUGUGGGUGGACUGCGAAGUGUUCCUCACAGACCUCGACAUGCCUGUAACAAAGCUUUUGGCCAAGCAUGGAGUCACCACUGCAUCCGCUGCAUCGAUGCUGGUGUCAUCCAGUAGCCUCGGUGUAGGUCCAGAGGUUCUCCUCCUGCAGACAAAUGACUGGGGACGAAGUUUCCUCAGGAAUUGGACGACUCUGCCAUCGCCCGACUUCUUGCACCCUGUCCUGCGAAUCCCUUCGGACGAACGCCAUGCCGAACGAGUUGCGUUGCAGCAUGCCGUUCUUCCCCAUUGGGGCGAAUGGUUGCAGGGCCAUUCGGCCACGGACUGGGAUUCCUAUCAGUGGCCACCUGACAUCCGCAUUGCUUUGGGCCAGGCUCGUUUCUCUGCACAUGACAGGUCCGCGAAGCAGUGGGAAUUGGCAGACUUUGCAUGGACCGACGAUGGCUGCCGUGGUCGAGAUGGUCUGCGCAACCAUGCUCUUUGUUCUGACAGACUCCUGUAA